AUGUCAGCGACUUGGAGCAACGGCAACGGCCCUGCCCAAACAAUGGAUUCCUCAUACGAUACCGCCCUACCCCCCAUUCAGUCGCAAAACAUGUCUCUCAGCCGUCGUCGACCUGGAUACCGACCCGAUUCAGCAGCGAUAAUCGGAAACUUCCGCGGGAUGCAGCGAUCAGGGACGCCUUUUCAGACUACACACGAUCCGGUAUCGAACAUGAUUGCCAGAGGGCCUGGAAUGCACCGUCGGAGCGAGAGUACACUGAGAACGGUUAUGCGGAAGAUAUUCCAUCGCAAGAGGCGCAGCCAGACGGACGAAUUAGAGGAAGAUCAUGUCAUGGAAUCCCACAGUCCUCGUCCCAGUAAGUCGUUACCGCGCAAGUCUGAGAGUCGCAGUCGCAAAGACGCACAGCCUACCUCUCUUGGAACGAAGAACAGCCCAUUGCAGAAGGAUCUUCGCCCUACAUUGAUGGAUCUGAACAAAUUGGACCCUUUGCCGGUGCACCGACGACGAAAUACACUUCCCAGUCUGGUGUUUUCUGAAGAGGAGUCUCACGACAUUACCCCCAAAAAAGACAAUGGCCUUGAACCAGAGAACCUCCGAGUGCGCCUUGCCUUGCGCAACAAACGACGCUCGCGGAGUACCAAUUCUCUUCGCAGGAAGGCUAACGAACACCGCAUGUCUCCGAUUCAAUGGACACGGCGCAGUACGGAGAUCACAUACUUGGGCUCGCCUGCCUUUGGAGCAGUCUCCGACAGUGAACUUUCCUUUAGACCUCCUACGCGAAACACGGUUGCCAGUCUGUCCAAGCCAGAUGAGCCUUGCAAUGCACCCGAAACCAAUGAUGCAGAGCAACAAACUGAAGUCGAAAGUGUCCCGCCAAGUGUUGGUAAUCUAGUACACACGAUGCAAAAUCACGACAAUCUGACUAUCGAACAACGCGUGACAACCCUGGAGGUUAAACUCAUCGACUUAGAAUUCGCCAUUGCGCGCAUACAAGACAAACGAGGCGACUCCUCGCCAACGGCCAAAUCCACGUCCAAAAAGUCAUUAAUACCAGACGGACGACCGGCACCACUAUUGUCCCCCGCGACCGGCUCAAGUAGCUCGCCCAGAAUCUCAGAAGACCGCCCCAUCAGCACCGGCACCAUCCGCCCUAACCUCCACCAAUCCCGUACACACCAACCACCCUCCUCCCCACCACACAUCGACAGCGCAUCCAGCAUCUCCAUCGAACAAUACAGCGCCCUAGUCGCCCUUCUCCGCAGAGAACAGUCCGCCCGCAAAUCCCUCGAAGGCCAAGUCUCCAGUCUCCGCGACGACGUCCAACAACUCCAGAAGAUGGCUCGCGACUCCAUGACCGUGAGUAUGGGCACUAUGUACCCAAUCCAAAGCGCAGACUCGGUAGAGCCCUAUUGCCUUCGUUCGGUGGAUUCUCACUCGUCCCCGCAGUCAAACACAAACUACAUCCCACGAACGGAGAAAAUCAUCCCACAUCCGCAUUACGAUAGUGGCACCGGCACGGAUCUGGAGCGGGACUCGAAGAACGAGCUUGCGCUGCGCAAGCUGGAACGUCGGAUUGAGAUUGCCGGCAUGAUAUGA